CUGCAGAUUGAGAACAGACAGUGUUUGUCUCAAAAGUUAAGCCUAAACGCCGAUAGAAAAAUGCAGUUUUCAAGGGAUUUAAGAAAAAACUAUACCUUUUUCUCUGAUAUUUAGAACAGAGAGUGGGGUACCUCCUGUUUGAGGGGGGCAUAUCUACAGCCUAAAUGGUUUAAACCUCAUUUGAGAUUCUUGCUUGUUUUAGCAUGGCGGAGCUUGGAGUUCACAGGAUCCUUCUUUUGGCUAUUUCUCUGACAAAAUGUCUGGAGGGCACAAAACUGCUGGCAGACUUUAAAAAAUGUGGUGACUUGGAAUGUGAAACUUUACUAAGCAGAGCCUUAGCUGUGAGAGAUUAUAAAGGACCUGACUGCCGGUACCUGAACUUCACUAAGGGAGAAGAGAUAUCUGUGUAUGCUAAACUUGCAGGAGAAAAGGAAGAUUUGUGGGCAGGAAGUAAAGGAAAGGACUUUGGAUAUUUUCCCAGAGAUGCAGUCCAGACUGAAGAGGUGUUUAUAUCUGAGGAAAUUCAAAUACCAACGAAAGAAUCUGAUUUUCUUUGUCUUCUGGGAGUAAGCUACACAUUUGAAAAUGAAGAUGGUGAGUUAAGCAGUGAUGAUUAUGGUGAAAAUAUAUAUCCAUAUGAAGAAGAUAAAGACCAAAAAUAUAGUAUAUAUGAAAGUGAUUUUCAGACAGAACCUGGAAUUUAUUCAAUGUCUGAAAGUACUUGGUUUGAAGACCAAUUUCCAGCAUCAGAGGCUCCUGAAGAUAUUAGAAGAACUAGUGAAUCAAGAAACUGGGAAGGAGUAGAAGCUGGAAGUUUGAAACAGGAUCCUAUUCUAGAAACGGAUUAUGUCCCACCAUCCUCAACUGUGCCUGAAGUGAAAGGAUGGUUUGGAUUCGGAGGGGAACAAGCUGAUGGGAAGGCUUUUGAGCCAGUUAUUGACCCUCUGCAAGAAAGCUCAUUUCACGGUAGAAAAAUAGCAGAAGAUGAAAAAGACCUAGAGGAAUUAAAUAAUGGUGAGCCCCAAACAGAACAUAAGCAAGAAUCUGAAUCAAAAUUCAAUUCAGUGCCAAAGAAACAGUCCGAAGCACCUGAGUCAGAGCGCAUUCUCAAUCCUCAAGCCACUGGUUGGUUUGGCAGUGGAUUUACAAGCUAUUUUGGCUUUGGAGGUGAGGAUACAGAGCCUGAAUUAUUGUCCAAAGAAAGCAGUCCACCACUACAGGAUGUUCCUAAUUCCAUAUCACCUGAGGAAGAAUCCCCAGUUCCAUGUACAGAAAUAUUAACAGAAAAAGAAGACACAAUCACUCAUGGUAACUCAACUCUCAAACCAAGUUGGUUUGAUUUUGGUUUUAGUAUGCUAGGCUUUACAUAUGCCAAUGAAAAUAAAAUUAUAACAGGUGAUGGAAAAAAUGAAGAAGGAGGUGAAGGAAAUAAACAUGAACACCCUCCAACAAGUGAAUUUGACCCUGAUGAAGAACAAGAAAUAAAAACAAUACAAAUUAUGGAAACUGAAGACCAAUUAGGCAAGGAGAGAGUCUUGGAGAAAACAGAUGACUCUGAUACCUUACCAUAUUUUAAAAGUUUCUUGUAUAAUUUUGAUAACCCUUGGAACUUGCAGAAGGAAACAGAAUUGCCAUUUCCCAAAGAGAUACUGAAUGAAAAUGAUGUAGUUGAAAAUGAUGAAACAGAAGAAUUUUCAGCUGAAAGUGAUCCCACAGCUAAUAUGAAAGUUAUGAUGUUGAAAAGCAGAUAUAGUCAGUCAGAUAUGGUCUCUGAAGUAGGGUUGCCUAUGAGAAUUCAUGAAGAAGUACACUUCAAAACUCCACCUUCUAAAAGUAAUGAUGAAAAUUCAAAAACAUCAUUAGAUACGGAAGGACCUACUCAGGAGGAAAUAGACAGAUCUGUGGAAAAUACCCUGCCACACAGUCAGGUGUUUUCAACUGAUUACUCUAUGUCUUCCCAAAAUGACAUUGCUAAAAAAGAAGAUGCUUCCGAGUAUCAGAUUCUGAGAUAUUUAUUUCAAAUUGAUGUUUAUGAUUUCAUGAAGUGUGUAUUUUCACCAAUUGUAAUUCUUACAGAAAGGGUUGCAGCAGCAUUACCUGAAGAUAUGACACCAGGUCCUAAUCCCUAUGGUUUUCCAGGGGAAUUGCUGAUAUGUGCAGCUACUGUUGGAUUUUUUGCUUUUUUCUUGUUUUUGUGGAGAAGUUUUCGAUCGAUUCGAAGCCGGCUUUAUGUGGGAAGAGAGAAAAAGCUUGCUGUAGAACUUUCUACACUAAUUGAAGAAAAAUGUAAACUACUUGAAAAAUUUAGCCUUGUUCAAAAAGAGUAUGAAGGCUUAGAGUCAUCUUUAAAGGAUUCCAACUUUGAGAAGGAGUCAACAGAAGCACAAAGUUUGGAGUUUGUUGAAGGAUCACAGGUACCCAAGGAAAUCUAUGAAAAGGUGAACUGGUCCAAAUCUGAACUUGAGGAUGAAAUACUCUUUCUAGAAAAACAAUUACAAGAGGAGAAGUCUAAACAUUCUGAGCAAGAUGAAUUGAUGGUGGAUAUUUCAAAAAAGAUACAGUCCCUAGAAGAGGAAUCAAAAUCCCUCAAAGCACAAGUAGCUGAAGCCAAAACAACCUUCAAAAUAUUUCAAAUGAAUGAAGAACGACUUAAGGUAGCUAUAAAAGAUGCUUUGAGUGAAAACUCCCAACUUCAGGAAAGCCAGAAGCAGCUUUUACAAGAAGCUGAAGAAUGGAAAGAGAAAGUUAGUGAACUUAAUAAACAGAAAAUAACUUUUGAAGACUCCACAGUAUGUGCAAAACAAGUUCUAUGUGACAAAGAAAAUCAGAUCAAGUCCCUGACUGAACGCUUGCUAAAGAUGAAAGAUUGGGCUGCUGUGCUUGGAGAAGACCUAACGGAUGAUAAUUUGGAAUUGGAAAUGAAGAGUGAUUCAGAAAAUGAUAAUCAACCACAAGGAGCUUUGAAGAAACUGAUUCAUGCUGCUAAGUUAAAUGCUUCUUUAAAAACCCUAGAAGGAGAAAGAAACCAAAUUUAUACUCAAUUAUCUGAAAUAGAUAAAACAAAGGAAGAACUUACAGAGUGUAUUAAAAAUCUCCAGACUGAACAAACAUCUCUGCAGUCAGAAAAUGAACAGUUUGAAAGUGAGAAUCAAAAGCUUCAGCAGAAACUUAAAGUAAUGACUGAACUGUAUCAAGAAAAUGAAAUGACACUUCACAGGAAAUUAACAGUAGAAGAAAAUUACCGGUUAGAGAAAGAGGAGAAACUUUCCAAAGCAGAUGAAAAGAUCAGCCAUGCAGCUGAAGAGCUGGAGACCUAUAGAAAGCGAGCCAAAGAUCUUGAGGAAGAAUUGGAGAGAACCAUCCAGUCUUAUCAAGGGCAGAUUAUGUCCCAUGAGAAAAAAGCACAUGAUAAUUGGAUGGCAGCUCGGACUGCUGAAAGAAGCCUCAAUGAUUUAAAGAAAGAAAAUGCUCACAACAGACAAAAAUUAACUGAAACAGAGUUUAAAUUUGAACUUUUAGAAAAAGAUCCUUAUGCACUUGAUGUUCCAAAUACAACAUUUGGCAGAGAGCAUUCCCCAUAUGGUCCCUCACCAUUGGGUCGACCUUCAUCUGAAACGAGAGCUUUUCUCUCCCCUCCAACUUUGUUGGAGGGUCCACUCAGACUCUCACCUUUGCUUCCAGGGGGAGGAGGAAGAGGCUCCAGAGGCCCAGGGAAUCCUCUAGACCAUCAGAUUACCAAUGAAAGAGGAGAACCAAGCUGUGACAGGUUAACUGAUCCUCACCGGGCACCUUCUGACACUGGGUCACUGUCACCUCCGUGGGAACAGGAUCGUAGAAUGAUGAUUCCUCCACCAGGCCAACCGUAUCCUGAUCUAACUCUUCCUCCACAAAGGCAAGACAGAUUUUACUCUAAUUCUGGUAGACUAUCUGGACCAGCAGAACUCAGAAGUUUUAAUAUGCCGUCAGUGGAUAAAGUGGAUGGGCCAAUGUCUUCAGAAAUGGAAUCCAGUAAAAAUGAUAGCAGAGACGAUCUUGGUAAUUUAAACAUGCCUGAUUCAUCUCCCCCCAUCGAAAGUGAAGCAACUGGCCCUAGCUGUGUUCCUCCACCUUUUCCUCCAAUCAGAGGUCCCUUGUUUCCAAUGGAUCCAAGGGGCCCAUACAUGAGAAGAGGUCCUCCUUUCCCUCCACCUCCUCCAGGAAGCAUGUAUGGAGCUCCCCGAGAUUAUUUUCCUCCAAGGGACUUUCCUGGCCCACCACCUCCUCCAUUUGCAAUGAGAAAUGUCUAUUCACCAAGAGGUUUUCCUUAUUAUCUUCCCCCACGAGCUGAAUUUUUCCCCCCACCCCCACAUCCUGAAAGUAGAAGUGAGCUCCCAUCGGGGUUGAUUCCGCCUUCAAACGAGCCUACUACUGAACAUCCAGAACCACAACAAGAAACUUGACAAUAUUUUUGGUGUCUCUUCAAAAGUAAUUUUAACAUCUCUCUCAUUUUCAGUUUAAGUAACUGUUGUUACUUAAGUGAUUAUACUUUUGCUCAAAUUGAAGCUUAAUGGAAAUACAAUUCUCAGGAUAGUAUUUUGUAAAUAAAGAUGAUUUAAAUAUGAAUCUUAUGAGUAAAUUAUUUCCAUUUUAUUUUAUUCUAGAUAGUAUAAUUAUUUUAAUUUGAUUAACAAAUCCACUAUCACAUAAACAAUAAUGGGAGUUUUCUAUAUGUAAUCUUGCAGUCGGGGAUGUUUUAAACUCCAAAGGCUGUGUCUUUAUGCCAAGAACUGUAUUUACUAUGGUUGUAGACAAAUGUGAAAGUAACUUUAUGCUUAAUUAAAUAAAUUUUAAUUGAUUUAAAGA